UCGCCACCAUUAAUAAACGUUACGUCAUUUCUUAACCUUAUUUUUGAAGGACAUGUAUAUUUUUAAAAAAGAUAAAAAAAUGUGAUAGUCAUUAUAAUAAUCCGAAGUGUAAAUAGAUUUAAAAAUAACAAUUAAUUUAUUGUUCCAGUUAUUCAAUAUAGAUAAUAAUGAAUGUUUAUGCAUUGAUAAUCAGUACUCAAAAUUUAACGAAAUCAGUUAAACCACUCCAAUUUUUCAACAGUACACGGAAGUUCAGUAACUUCAACAAUAUGUCCCAAAAAAUAAGUCAAAAUAAAACUUAUAUUUCCGUCGAGGUCCCGGAAACUACAAACAAUGUUCGAAGAGGUAUUGUUAACAGAAUUUUCCGAAAAAGAAAACCGCCACAAGAAAACAAAGGAACAACUCUUAAGAAAUCUGAAUUAAAACGAUUAUUUUCUCUCGCCAGACCCGAAAAAUGGAAGUUAACUACCGCCAUAGGUUUCCUAAUAGUAUCCAGUUCUGUAACAAUGUCAGUUCCCUAUAGUUUGGGAUACAUUUUAGAUAUCAUAUAUGACGACUCACAAGAAAAAGAAGGUGCACGAACGAGAUUAAAUCAAGUUUGCGGAGUUUUAUUGUGUGUAUUUGUGUUGGGUGCGAUAUGUAACUUCGCCAGAGUAUACUUAAUGUCAACUGCAGGAUAUAGAAUGACAAAUGCUUUAAGAAAAAAAGUGUUUAGUGCAAUUUUAAAACAAGAACAAGGAUGGUUCGAUAAAAGACCAACUGGAGAAUUAGUAAACAGACUAUCUGCUGAUACCCAAAUAGUAGGAUCAUCACUUUCACAGAAUAUAUCUGACGGCUUAAGAUCACUCAUUAUGGUCUGUACAGGUACUGGAAUGAUGUUUUACAUGUCUGCUAAAUUAGCAUUAGUAGGUUUAUCAAUAGUACCUCCAGUAGCUAUUGUAGCAGUUUGGUAUGGAAGAUUUGUGAGAAAUAUUUCAAGACAAGUUCAAGAUUCAUUAGCGGAAUCAACUAAAGUAGCAGAAGAGAGAAUAUCGAAUAUUAGAACUGUAAAAUCUUUCGCGCAAGAACCAAGGGAAGUACAUAGUUAUAACACAGCUAUUCAUAAUGUCCUACAAUUUUGCUAUAAAGAAGCAAAAGCAAGAGCUUUCUUUUACGGUAUGACAGGAUUCAGUGGACAAAUGAUUAUAAUAUCAGUUUUAUAUUAUGGAGGAGUUAUGGUAUCAUCAAAUGAAAUAUCUGUUGGACGCUUAUCUUCAUUUCUAUUAUAUGCAGCAUAUAUUGGUAUAUCUGUAGGUGGUUUAUCAAGUUUUUAUUCCGAAUUGAACAAAUCUCUAGGAGCAGCGACUAGAAUUUGGGAAAUUAUUGAUAGAGAACCUACUAUUCCAACACAAGGUGGAUUAGUACCGUUAACAGAUAUAAAUGGUCAUAUCGAAUUUAAGAAUAUUAAAUUUUGUUAUCCCUCUAGAGAUGAUGUUGAAAUAUUUAAAAAUUUAAUUUUGGAUAUUAAACCUGGACAAACUGUAGCAGUAGUAGGUCCAAGUGGAUCAGGAAAAAGUACUUUAGGUGCACUUUUAUUAAGAUUAUAUGAUCCAAUUGAUGGCGGAGUUUACUUAGACAAUCAUAAUGUUAAAGAUUUAGAUCCUGCUUGGAUUAAAAAGCACAUUGGUACAGUUAGUCAAGAACCUAUUCUAUUUUCAUGUUCUAUUAAAGAAAAUAUAUUAUAUGGUUCUGAAAAUCCUGAAAAAGUAGAAGACGAUGAAUUUAUAAGUAUUUGUAAAGAAGCAAAUGUUUACGAGUUUGUACAACAACUCCCUGAUGGAUUUGAGACUGUAGUAGGUGAAAGGGGGAUUAUGCUUAGUGGAGGACAAAAACAAAGAGUAGCAAUAGCUCGUGCUCUUAUUAAAAACCCAAAAAUUUUACUUCUGGAUGAAGCUACAAGUGCACUAGAUGCUCAAUCGGAACAUUACGUACAGGAAGCUUUAGAAAGGGUUAUGAAAGGGAGAACUGUAUUAACUAUAGCCCACCGACUUUCUACAAUCCAAAAUGCUGACACUAUUGCCGUUUUACAAAAUGGACAAAUUGUAGAACAAGGAAAAUAUGAAGAUUUGAUCCAACGUGAUGGUCCCUUUAAGGAAUUGAUCCAACAUCAGACGUUUUCUCCACUAAUUGAAUGACUUUAAAGUAAAAGUUUUACAUUAUAUUUUAUUUCUUAUCAGGAGUAAAUGUUAAUUUAAACAGU